CUUCUCCAUCUCCCCCUCUAUCUCGCUCUUCCUGUCCAGUUGGAGGCUAGAGGAGGUCCUGUCGUUGAGGUGGGGCUGAAAACUCAGAGUCCAGAGCCCAGGGAGAGUACUCUACAGCAGGGGGACAGAGAGCAGCAGAGGAGGCUGCUGGUUGACACCCACACGGCCGCCAUGGACAUGCGCUGCCGGCUGGAGCUCAGCGAGAAGGGCUGGGUCCGAGAGAAGUCUGAACUGCUGGAGAGAUUCAACUCUGAGAGGAAGGAGUGGGAGAGCCAGCUGGGAGACAUGCAGAGGAAGAUAGAGGAGAUGUACAACGAGGUGAAGGUGAGGCGUGAGGUAUCUGGGGAGGUGAGAGAACCUGUCGGAGAGAUUACAGAGGAAGUUACCCUGAGUGUCAGCGUACAUUCCACCAGCACAGGAUCCAGCAUGCUUAGCGACAACUCGACCUCCGACCCCCAAAGCAGCAGCAGCCAAUCAGAGCCCGCCAACCAACACUGCUCCUACCCCCGUCGUCACGGCAACGAUGACUUCGCCGCCCACAGAAACCGGGCGGAUCACCGUGGCAACAGAGGAAUCCCCCGUAACUAUGACGACUGUGUUGGUAACCAGGAAGUGGACAUGGCGGAACUGGAGGCCAUCCUGCGAGGGGUGAUGGGGCGAGGGGUUGACAGAGACUCUCCCUCUAAAGGGGGUAUGGUUAAUGUCCACCGCGCCUCCCACGGUGGACCUAGCGUAGGAGUAGCCCACAACACAGAGGUGAGCUCUGGGACAUGGAGUGACAAGAAGGAGAACACUACAGCCCUCAAUGCCGCCCUGAAGGAGAUAGCCCGUGUGAGUGAAGAGCUGUGUAGCUACCAGGAUGAGAUCGGGAGGAAGUCCGGAGGGGACAAGAGGGGUCGAACCGAGUCCGUGUAUUUCCCCGAGGUGGACCAUGUUACGACCAGAGAGAGAAUGGAGGAACCUGUCUUCAACCUGACGCAGCUGGUAGCUGACCUCCGGGCCCUGGAAGAGGAGAACUGGCUGUCCAUCAGGAAGGACCCCACCAGGGGCCCCAGUCACCUCAAGGACCCCACAUCCAAGCCCUCUGAAAGGGAGAGAGAAGCACCUCCGCUCCCCCCUCUGCUGGUUCCUCCUCCUAUCCCUCCUCGGACAACAUCGUGGUACCUCGCCAGCCCCUCCCCUGAACUACAACUACAUGUCCCAGAAUCCCUCAGUGGCUCAGGCAGGAAGUGCCACAGCCCCUGUCUCCUGUUAGACAGGAAGUGCAGCAGCAGCCCAUCGAUAGUGAGGAAGUUCGAGGCGAUGCUGCAGGAGAACGAGGGCAAAGUUCUGACGGAGGCGGGGUUUACCACCUGCGCUGUUCCCGCUAACUCCCACUGCAACGUGGGCUGCUGCCACAACCGCUGGUCCUGCGACGGGAGCCGCUUCGGCAGCAGCAAGUCGUCCACCUACGUACCUGUCCAGAAGAGCCUGUCUGAAGUCAACAUAGUGAGUGCUGCUGGGAGAGAGUUGAUGCACGACUACAGGCCCGUUGAGAACCCAAGAAGAGACUUGAUGCACGACUACAGGCCCGUUGAGAACCCAAGAAGCCCUGAGAGAGAGAGUCAUAUACAACCUGGAAACAAAGACCUAGCAGUUUCACACACCUUUCUUGACCUUACCUUAGAGUUACCCCCUCCAGGAUCCAACCCUCCAGGCUCCAACCCUCCAGGCUCCAACCCUCCAGGCUCCAACCCUCCAGGCUCCAACCCUCUAGGCUCCAACCCUCCAGGCUCCAACCUUCCAGGCUCCAACCCUCCAGGCUCCAACCCUCCAGGCUCCAACCCUCCAGGCUCCAACCUUCCAGGCUCCAACCCUCCAGGCUCCAACCCUCCAGGCUCCAACCCUCCAGGCUCCAACCUUCCAGGCUCCAACCCUCCAGGCCACAGUAGGAAUAAGAUGCUGGAACAGGCCACUGCUGAGUUUAACAGGACUCUCUUCCAGGCUGAGAUGGGUCGAGGGAUGGAGGACGAUGAGGUGGAGGACAGUUUUACCUCAGCGGGUGUCUCUAAGGGGGGCAUAACAGACGGUACGACGGUAUGUGGCGAGGUCACACACGGGGUCACCAGGGAGACGAACUUUGACCUCCCGCCACGGCACACCACAGAGGUCAGACAAAAGAAGGUGAUCUGUGACAUCACAGCUCAGAAGCUGAGUUCAGGGAUCAAACUGAGCCAGGCUCUGCCCCCAUCUGACCCUCAUCCAGGGGUCACCGUCAGGACCUUUGACCCCCCUGCCAUCUCUGACCUUUCACCCCAACGCCCAGAAGUUACGUUUAGGAACAUGCCUUCUAACCCGGCAACACGCUGCCCUGAGGUCAAGCAGCCUACCCAGGCUACACAUCCAGCUCCAGGACCAGAGGUGAGUGCCAGUCCUAAGAGGGACAACAAGGCCCAAGGAGAGAGGCCUCAUUCAGUUAAGUCAUGGCCAGCACCCCAGCCUCCUACAAACCCUAGGCCAAGGCAGGUUGGGCAACCUGGGGGUCGCCCAACCACAACGCAGGACACCCCUAAACCUGGAUCUGUGGGCCCAGGACUCCGUGUGCCAGGUGUAAUGAGCGACCAGCCCUGGAAGCCCCUGACCCUGGCUGCUUUGCGUCCGUCUGAGUCCAGGUCUAAUUACGGCGCUGUGGAGAGGAUCCUGAAGAGCUAUGAGAACACUGCCUGGAGCCAGCGGUACCAGAACCAUACCCAACCCGCUGAGUCCAGCCCUAACCCUGGCUUCAGGCCCAGUCCUAACCCUGGCUUCAGGCCCAGUCUCAGCCCCAGCCCCAGUCCUAACCCUGGCUUCAGCCCCAGUCUCAGCCCCAGCCCUAACCCUGGCUUCAGCACCAGUCCUAACCCUGGCUUCAGCCCCAGUCUCAGCCCCAGUCCUAACCCUGGCUUCAGCCCCAGUCUCAGCCCCAGUCCUAACCCUGGCUUCAGCCCCAGUCCUAACCCUGGACCCAGCCCCAGUACUAACCCUUGCUUCAGCCCCAGUCCUAACCCUGGACUCAGCCCCAGUACUAACCCUGGCUUCAGCCCCAGACUCAGCCCCAGUCCUAACCCUGGCUUCAGCCCCAGUCUCAGCCCCAGCCCUAACCCUGGACCCAGCCCCAGUCCUAACCCUGGACUCAGCCCCAGUCUCAGCCCUGGUCCUAGCCCCAGACAGGAAGAGGAACUCAUGGAUCUUCUGGCGGAGAUGAUGGACAAGGAUUACUGGGAUCAGCCAGGCCCUGCCUCUGGACACUCCUCCCACACACACUCUCACCACAGCCAGCUGUCCAGCUCCCACAGAGGGACAAGGCUAACCAUGCAGGAGUGUAAAGUGUCUUCCAGCUCCUCAUCAGUCCAGAAGAAUUUCUCUCGUCCGGCCUGUCCAGCCAACCGCCGCCCUCCGUCACGCUGGGCUAGUUGCUCCACCUCUUCCUCCUCCUCCUCUUCCUCCACCCCUAUCAACCAGCCUUCAUCCGGCUCCGCCCACAAACACACCUCAUUCUCCUACUCAGCCUAUCACACGGAGACAGUCAUCAUCUGACCCCCAGCUGACCCUGUGUCUAAACCAAUAAGAUGCCUUUCGUUACUUUACGUACUCUUUUCUCAAUUCAUCCUUCGUUGAUUCCUUCACAUCGAAGGCCCGAGUCCGGGUGGGGUGGGGGUGACCUUAGACCUUCUCCUCCAAUAUGGCUGUGAAGAAGGUGACGAUGAACUGAGAUAGAACCUGGCUCAAACCUGCCUCUUCCUCCAUCACCUCUGUACCAACAACCAAGACUGUUAUUACUACGACCAACCAGACGAUCAGGAGCUUUAGCUUGUGGACCAAUGGAGAGUUAGUUCACCGAUCAUCUUUAGAAUGUAAUCUCAUCGACCAUGUGGGAGGAGACGUUUCAUCUGUUCUACUAGAGGAACUCCAGGAUCCCCAAUGCUGACUGUACCUCUGUGGCUUAGGCUGCAUCCCCAAUGCUGACUGGUACCUCUGUGGCUUAGGCUGCAUCCCCAAUGCUGACUGUACCUCUGUGGCUUAGGCUGCAUCCCCAAUGCUGACUGUACCUCUGUGGCUUAGGCUGCAUCCCCAAUGCUGACUGUACCUCUGUGGCUUAGGCUGCAUCCCCAAUGCUGACUGUACCUCUGUGGCUUAGGCUGCAUCCCCAAUGCUGACUGUACCUCUGUGGCUUAGGCUGCAUCCCCAAUGCUGACUGGUACCUCUGUGGCUUAGGCUGCAUCCCCAAUGCUGACUGUACCUCUGUGGCUUAGGCUGCAUCCCCAAUGCUGACUGGUACCUCUGUGGCUUAGGCUUGCCUCCUAAAUGGCACCCUAUUCCCUAUAUAGUGCGCACUACUUUAGACCAGCACCCAUAGUGCCAUAGGGUGCUUUCGGGUCAAAAGUAGUGCACUAAAUAGGGAAUAGAGUGCCAUUUAGGAGGCAAAUAUAUUCAACGCCAUUCACUUUACGUACUCUUUAACUUUACAUGUUGCAUAAUAAUUACAGUAUUACAGAAUAAAUGUUUGUUAUUUUUUACUUUAUAAUAUCAGAUGGAUUACAUUAAAACAGUCCUGUUUCUUCAUAUUUACCAAAAGGUGUCUACAACUUCUCUUAAAGAAAAAAAAGGACUGACGAGUUUCGAUGCUUUUUAUUUUGAUUGGACAUCGCUGGCUGUUGUCGGGCAAGAUAGCUGACUAGCUCCUUGUGUGUUUGUUGGGGGGGAGGGGCCAUGCUUAAAGGGGCAAUCUGCAGUUCAAACAAAAACAUUUUACUAAUAGCAGAAUUACCCUUUUUAUUUGAUUGGACAUCGCUGGCUGUUGUUGGGCAAGAUAGCUGACUAGCUCCUUGUGUGUUUGUUGGGGGGGGAGGGGCCAUGCUUAAAGGGGCAAUCUGCAGUUCAAACAAAAACACUUUACUAAUAGCAGAAUGACCCUUUUUUUUUUGUAAGUAUUUGUUUUUGUUUUGUUUUAACAUGAUGAAAUGGACAACGAGCCCUUUUCUACUGGUGGUCACUGUAACCGAUGGUUACCUACCCGGUCCCUAUUGAGUAAUACUACAGUCUGUUGAAUCAACGAGGUGGUGACCUCAUCACACAUGACUAUAUCAUGAACGUGAUGCCUUUGCUGUUCUUAAUUUGUGUAAUAAAUGUAGCUACAUAUU